AUGGGAGCUGCACAGCCUGACACAGUUACAGAGGUUGAGAAAGGUCAAACAAAGGUUGAUGCUGGAUUACUCCCGCGAGAUCAUUACAAGUACCGACUACCACGAUGGCGGUACAUGGCGCGACAGAAAUUGUUGCCCCUGGUUAGAUGGGAAACACCGUACCUUGCAUACUUCCAGAACACCCUUUCUCGAUUCGUAUUUUGCGCUCACAGCCAAUCUCGGCACUCAUACCUUCUUCAUGAUAAUGCUACCGGUGUUAUUUUGGUUUGGAUAUACAACUCUUGGGCGAGGGAUGGUGCAUAUCUUAGCUUCAGGGGUGUUCUUCAGUGGUUUUUUGAAAGAUCUAUUAUGCCUACCGCGACCGUUAUCUCCUCCUCUCCAUAG